CGCACGCCCGCGGCCGCGUGCGUCACAACCCGGGCGCCUGCCGCGCCCGUCCAGCUCGCCUGCCCGUCGGUCCCCGCGGCGGCGGCGGCGGCGGCGGCGGCGGCUGCGGCCGGGUGACAGCAGCGGCGGCGCCAGGCUGGCUUGGUAGCGGAAGGGUCGCGCGGCCCGCACAACAAACGCAGACCCGGCCGCAACAAGGCGCGACGCGAGGAAGGCCGAGGCGGGCCGCGCGGGAGACCGCGGGCGCCGAGUGACAGGCCGGCGCGAGGGAGUGCGCAGGUUACGGCCGCCGGCGGCCCCGACCCGCCGGUCCCCUCGGCCGUCGCCAGCAUGAGCCACAUCCAGAUCCCGCCGGGGCUCACGGAGCUGCUGCAGGGCUACACUGUGGAGGUGCUGCGGCAGCAGCCGCCCGACCUCGUCGACUUCGCGGUGGAGUACUUUACACGCCUGCGCGAGGCCCGCGCCCAGGAUUCAGACACGCUCAUCGCCACCCCGACCACCUUUCACGCGCACGAGUCCAGCGCGGUCGCCGUCGUCGAGGAGGACGAGGAGAGUGACUCCGACUCUGACGAACUGGACCUGGCAGCAGUUCCGGCUCCUGGCAGGUUUACUAGACGAGUAUCAGUCUGUGCAGAAACCUAUAACCCUGAUGAAGAAGAGGAAGAUAAUGACCCAAGGGUGAUUCAUCCCAAAACUGAUGAGCAGAGAUGCAGGCUUCAGGAAGCUUGCAAAGAUAUUCUUCUUUUCAAAAACCUUGAUCAGGAGCAGCUUUCUGAAGUUCUCGAUGCCAUGUUUGAAAAGAUAGUCAAACCUGAUGAGCAUGUCAUCGACCAAGGAGAUGAUGGAGACAACUUUUAUGUCAUAGAACGGGGAACCUAUGACAUUUUAGUAACAAAAGAUAAUCAAACACGCUCUGUUGGUCAGUAUGACAACCGUGGCAGUUUUGGAGAACUAGCUCUGAUGUACAAUACCCCGAGAGCUGCUACCAUUGUCGCCACCUCAGAAGGCUCCCUUUGGGGAUUGGACCGGGUGACCUUCAGAAGAAUCAUAGUGAAAAACAAUGCAAAGAAGAGGAAGAUGUUUGAGUCAUUCAUUGAGUCUGUGCCACUCUUUAAAUCACUAGAGAUGUCAGAACGGAUGAAGAUUGUGGAUGUGAUCGGAGAAAAGAUGUAUAAGGAUGGAGAAAGAAUAAUCACUCAGGGUGAAAAGGCUGACAGCUUUUAUAUUAUAGAGUCCGGGGAAGUGAGCAUCUUGAUUAAAAGCAAGACCAAAACGAACAAGAAUGGUGGGAACCAGGAGGUUGAGAUUGCCCACUGCCAUAAGGGGCAGUACUUUGGAGAGCUUGCACUGGUCACCAACAAACCCAGAGCUGCUUCUGCCUAUGCGGUUGGAGAUGUCAAAUGCUUAGUUAUGGAUGUUCAAGCAUUUGAGAGGCUUCUGGGACCGUGCAUGGACAUCAUGAAGAGGAACAUCUCACACUACGAAGAGCAGCUGGUGAAGAUGUUUGGCUCCAACUUAGAUCUGCUGGACCCUGGGCAGUAGAUGUGAUGGAUCUCAGAGCCUUCUCAGUGUGACACCAAAACCUUCCAGUCAGCCACAGAACACACACAGAAAACAGACACAACAGAACCGUUCUGCUGUUGUUACCGCCGUUGCCAUUGCUGUGGUUAAGGGCAUUGAGAAAUCUUGAAAGUCCCCACUGAAAGAUGGACAGAGGCUCCGCCCGCACCUCCACUUUGCUUCUGAAAGCCCAUCAUUAGACCACUUAUGUAACAAUUACUCAACCCAGUUUUCACAUCUUUGGUUUAGAAUGGCAUGUCUCUCCAGCAAUUGAAGUGCCUGAUACAAAGUCCAAAGUGUAAACAUCCUCCUUUCCUCUCUUGCUGCUAGUGUUGCUCUGAAAGUUACCUAAGGUCUGCAGAAACCUGUUGAACAACUGUAGACACCUCCACAGUCCUUCUCAAGGGAGGACAUGGUACAGCCUUCAGUCUUCUCGUUUGUCCUUUGAGCAAGUCCAGUGUGUUCACAGUUGCUGCUUUUGCUUUCCCCAUGGAAGAUGGUAGCAGUUAUAGUGGAGAUCUGGGCCACACCAUAUAGCUCUGUCCAAGCCCAUAGUGAUGUUCGGAAAGUCCCAGUGAAGGCCCAGUAGGUCUAUACAGAGCAGACGGGCUGAUUACUUAGAUUCACAUUAGCAGAAAGUUUGGAUUCAGCACUCUUGCCAGUAGUAGAGAGCCGGGAAAGAUUUUCUGGGUUGGGGUUUUGUUGUUAGUUUUUAGCAAGUUUUGUUUUGUUUAACCUCUGUGCAGUUUGCUGUCCAUUUCUAAGGAGCCAGGGCUAGCUGGUUAGGUCAGCUGGUUAGAGCAUGGUGCUGAUACAAAGAGCCAGGGUCUGGAGGUGUCAUCACUUUAUCUGACCUAAGUAGUUCCCUGAGCAAGCCUCACGAUGCCUUGUUGGCAGUUGCUGCCACUGGUUAAUGGCAGUGGGUGACAGGAGGCAUGCUGCACAGAGAGCCCUCCUUCUUCAGCACUGUUGGGUAGCUUGGCAGUAAUCUCCAUUUUUAAACUCCUAAAAAAGAAGCUUUUUUUUUUUUUUUAAGGAAAUUAUUUCUCUACUUAGGGAAUUCACCUUGGAUAUGUUUAUAUACAUGGAGUUUGUCAGCUGGCUCAGACAUUUGUCCUAAAUACCUGUUUUCAGAACUUGGUAUCAUUGGGGAAGGAGGUGGGCAUGGCUCAGUGGCAAAGCGCUUAUGUAGCAUGUGCAAGGCCCUGGGUUUGACCUCCAGCACUGUAAUAAACCACAGAAAGGUUACCAUUUCUAAACAUAGACUUACUGUGAAGGCCUUUCUAACUGUCUCUCUCAGCUAUUGCCAUGGUCACUGUAGCCAGGAAAUGUCCAGAGUAGAUGAAUCACUACAAUUUUGGUAACUACUCACUUUCUUGUGUUCCAUGAAGUAAAGCAGGACUCUUCCUUCAGACUGCCCUAAGUAGCCUAGGUUACAGGUCUGGAAUUGCAUGGUUGUAACUACUACUCCAAAGCAGGCAGCUAGCACUGGAAAAUGCUUGUGGCGAUCCUGAAUUUUCCUAAGGUCCUUUUCUACGGUAUUGCUUUAUUAAAUAAAUCAGACCUUGUACUUUGACUGAA